AUGAACAAGUUAACUUUAUCAGCAAUUUGUGAUACUCGUUGGGCAUGCAGACAUAAAAACUGCAAAGCAGUUAUUGAAAAUUUUAGUUCAAUUGUUGAAGUUUUAAAACAUGAAGUUGAAGAGAACAAUGAUAGAGAUGUUUCUAGAGCUAUCGGUAUUUUAGCUACUAUUCAAAAAAUGGAAUUUGUGGUAAAUUUACAUGUUAUGCACUUUGCAUUGGGUAUAAUAAAUAUUUUAAGUAAUAAGCUUCAAAUUAAAACGGAAACAUUGGGUCAUGCUGCAAGUACUAUUAUGGGUGUUAUUGAAACAUUUGAAGAAAAUAGGAAUUCUGAAAAUUUAAAAAGAAAAAGAAAAGAACCAGACUUAUUAAGAUAUUGUUUAUCGACUACAACAGGUGCUGAAGAUAAUUUAAAUUUAAUCAAAACAGCCAAAGAUUAUUGGAUGUCUCAUGCUUAUUUUCCUAUUAUUGAUGCCAUACUAAAUGACAUGAAAACGAGAUUCUCUGUGGAAAAUUCUUAUUUUAUAAACCACUACAUGGUCAGUAAUUUCACUAAAAUCUCACUAAAAAUUGAAGAAGAUGAUCUCAGGUGUAAAUUUAAAGUCGCUAAAAAAGUUUACGAAAAUCAAAAAGUUGGCAACACUAUACCUAUAAGCUCGGCAACAUGUGAGAGAUCUUUUUCCUCGAUGAGAAGAAUACAUACUUAUCUAAGGUCCAACAUGGAACAAGAUAGAUUUACCAAUUUAAGUAUUAUAAACAUUGAAAGAGAGUUAUCUAACCAAAUUGAUAAUGAACAAAUUUUAAAUAAGUUUGCCGAAAAGGAAGAUGAUGCAAUUAUAAUGAAAUGA